AUGUUUCAUGGAACAAUAACAAAAGAACUAACCAUCCAUGAAGAAUGGAAUCACUAUAAUGAAUGGAUGAUAAAAGACCAAAAAGACUUUGUCUUUGUGAAGUUCAAUGGCCUUCAUUUGAAAUCCAUGGAACAUUUACAGUCUUAUAUCUCUCUCAGAGUAUGCAUCUUCUCAAAUAAUUUUAUUACAGAUAUACAACCACUUAAAAGUUGUUUAAAAUUAAUCAAACUUGAUCUCCAUGGAAAUCAGAUAAAGAAUCUGCCAGAAGCCAAAUUUUGGAUUGGACUGAAGAAUCUAAAACUCCUAUAUCUCCAUGACAAUGGGUUUGCAAAGUUAAAGAAUAUAUGCGUAUUAUCUGCUUGUUCUAACCUCAUUGCCCUCACUAUGUUUGAUUGUCCUGUAAGCCUUAAGAAAGGAUAUAGGCAUGUUCUUGUUAAUAGUAUAUGGUCUCUUAAAGCUCUGGAUCAUCAUGUGAUUUCUGAUGAAGAAAUUAUUCAGAACUGGCAUCUACCUGAAAGAUUCAAAACUUGUAAUCAUCGACUUUUCUUUAAUUUCUGCCCUGCUUUGAUAAAGGGAACAACCUAUGAGGAUGAAAUGAAUAAUAUUAAGAAUAUUAUUACAAAAAUAAAUGAAAUAAUGGCUCAUAAUUCACCAGUCUUGAUUAUUCAGAAAUGGAUUCGUGGCUUCUUAGUUAGGAAAAAAUGGAGGUAAAUUUUAUUUUCUCUGCUAUCACAUCAUGAAAAACAUACUAGGAGUUCUGAAUCAAAAUGGAUUUACAUAUGCAAAUGUGAAGAUAAUUUCCUUAAAGAUAUCUUUUUUAAACCUGAAACUAAUAUAAAGAAACUUCUGACAUACUUUGAGCAUGAUCUAUAUUGUCCAGUUAAUUUUAAAAGUUUUAAAGAACACAGAAAAUAUAUUUCCUCUGUUUUAAAUGAAUUUAAUACAAAAGAUAUUGACAUAAAGGAAGAUAAACCCAGACAUCUAAUUAAAAAAGGUCAGAAUAUAUCUGAAGAUGAAAUUGAAGACGAAGAAUUGGAAACUUGUUUUAGGAUAACAGUGUCCAAGUUACCUAUAUAUACUUUACAUUCACCUAAGGAUGCUACUGCACAGAAAGAGCCCAAGCACCAUCUUUUUCCUGCACAUGCCCAGCCAUCUUCUGCCUUUCAUCAAAAACCAAUAAUUAAAAGUAACAACGUUUUAGACAAAAUGUUACGGCAAGAGUUUUUAGCAACACACAGAAAUGGCAUAAAACUCCAAACAGUUCGUGAUGUUGACACGUAUUACUCAGAACUAAAGAAGUAUGAAAGACAGGAACAAAAAGCAGCAGCUAUAGCUAUGGCCAAAGCGACCAAAAAAAUAAUUAGAGAAAACAUUGAAGAAAAUGAAUACAAGAAAAAGCAAGCUAUGCAACAACAAAAUAAAAAAGAUACCGAAGCAAUUCAAAAAGGUUUGCAACAGAAUUUCCAGAAGAGAUUCAACUACAUUGAAAAAGUUAGAGAAAGGAAAACUCAGUUUCUAGAACAAAAGAAACAAAAGGCUAAAGAUCGUGCAUACAUUCAAGAAUUAAGCAAUAAGCAUAUUAAUUUUGCCCAACAAAUUAUAAACGUAGACAGAUUGAAGAAGAAAGCAGCUAUUUUGAAACAAAAAAGCUACGUUGUUCAGCAACAAUUAAAAAUGGAACAAUAUAAAAAAGAAUUACAUAAACGCUUGAAAGAAAUCAGGGCUCAAGAAAUACAUAGAAGACAUCUUGAAGAAAAAUAUGUUCUUGAUAUGCUCAGAUUUAACAAAUCCUGGGAAAAAUUUAAUGAAUCAAAAAUAAAAGUUGCAGUUAUAAAAGGGAAUUAUCUUUAG